AUGGAGAAUUGGCAGAGCGCAGCGGUGUCUUGGGCUGGUUUCCUAGCAUUUGCCGCCGCCUAUCUAUACUAUACUUCCCGAAAGCAGCAGCCCGCAGGGGGCAAGGACCGUGGCCGAGCUACCCAACGUGCCAUCCACGUACCACGAGAUGACAACAAGCAGAAGGGUCCGGGGGAAGGCACUCCAAGAGCGACCAAGAAAGCUACCAAAUCCAAGCCUGCCCGAAAGGCGAAGAAAGCGGCGAAGGAGACUGAAGAAAAGGUCGCGGCUAACAUGUCCGCGAACUCUUCUACUACAGGCGGCGAAGGGGAUGACGAUCUAUCUCCGGCUGUUUCUCCGAAGCCCAACGCCACAGCUACCAAAGCUAGUGGAAGGGAUGUGUCGGACAUGUUGGAGCCAAAGGCCACUUCUGCAUCUGUCCUCCGAUUGACAGAACCUACCCAACCUGUUCGUGAGAGGCAGGCUCAUCAGCCGCGGAUUGCGACUCUAGAAUCCAAGAAACAACGACAGAACAAGAAGAAGGUAGAGGAGAAGAAGCUCCAACGCGAGCAGGAGGAGAAGGAACGCAAGGCUCUUGAGGAGAAGCAGCGUCGGACCGCUCGGGAGGCUCGCGGUGAACCGGCGAAGAAUGGUCUUCAACAAGCGAAGACACCAACCUCGAACGCCUGGAACCUGCGCAACGGCGCGUCUAACACGGCUGUGCGCAGCGUGAUCCCCGAGUCCCAGCCACUACUCGACACCUUCGACCCGGUCGAGCAGGAUAGACGGUCGACAACGAGCUCCAGCGAGGGAGCCCCGGCCGGAUCUUCUGCCACUACCGACGACGUCGCCAACAACGACCGUUGGAUGAGUGAAGAAGAGCAAAUGCGUUUGGCUAUGGCUGACUCCCAAUGGACCACGGUGCCCAAGGGCCGUAAGGCGAAGAAGCCAAAGGGUGCGAGCGCUGAAGGGAGUGAAAACGGCAUCGUUCCAGUCGAGCUACCGGCUUCCAAGCCUGCCCCUGCGCCUCCCGCGAACAAGACUCAAGCCCAAUAUACGACGUCGGCUCAACCGGGUGCCGUCUACCAUCCUCUGGACUCGGACUGGGCUGUGUAA